AUGGUCUCGGCCACCACCUUCGACGACACCAUCGUCUCGGGAGGUGUGACCACCUCCAUCACGGCCUUGCAAGCGCUCCUCGCCCCACCUUCCACCGCCUCUUCCCAACUCGCCGCUUCCGAAUUCCUCUCCACCGCACUGUCCCCACCUUCCACCUCCACCUCCACUUCAACCUCUUCAACACCUCUCACCCCCGCCCACCUCGCUGCGACCCUGCCCCUCCUCCGCAAGCAACAACAGCACCAAGCCCAAACGCUCGAACCUCAAUUCGAGCUCAGCACCUCCCGCACCUCCCAACUCGUCCUCCAGGCCAAAGACACUCUCGCACGCUUGGCCCAGCGUACAAAAGAAUCCAAAACCAACCACGAGGCUCUGCACGACGCCCUGAUCGAUCAUAGGGAGGCGUUGGUCUCGAGUGUCUCCGCCUCGACGACGGGGACCCAUCGGGACCAGGGUGACGAAGGGGGUACCUUGAGGGAGAGGUUGAUGGCCUAUAGUAAGAGGAGGGAACAGUUGAGAUGCGUGUUGCAGUACUUUACCGUGUUGGCCAAGGCCGAGGAACUGGGGUAAGCUUCCCAGCUCGGGCUCGGGCGAAAACCUUGCCCACUCCCGACUGCCCCUGACAUCCACCUCCACCCCUAGACUCAUCUCGUUACGAGCCCUCCAGGACGAAUCCUUACCCGGCGCAUUGUCGGGCUACGUCCAGUUGGUCGGAUACAUCAGGGACAUCCACGACAACGCACCGGCCCUGAAUUUGACGACCCAUUUGGUCGGCAUGGCUUCGAGCGUCUGGUCACAAUUGCUCAAGGCUUUGUCCGCGUGAGUAGAACGGUGUCGUGGCGUAUUGAAAACCCGGUGCCAAGUCUUCCUCUGACUAUCUUGUUUGGUAGCCGUCUACUUCAACGCCUCGAGGCUCUCGGAUGGCCUCAACCCAUCAAGGAACCGCUUGACGACUAUGAUCAAGCCACCGCCGAUUUUAGAGCCAGUUUCACCGACUUGCUCAUAUUAGAAAACAUGUGCGUCAAUUCCAGCGAGCUCUGAAACAACGAUCUCCCACCCCUUACUGAUGACUCGCAUCCUGCUCCAGUCAAACCAAACAUCCUCUACCCUCGUCUUCAAAUUCAGUCACCACUCAGCCAGCUCGACCUUUACUCGCGUUGGCCCCCCUCGUGCAUCCUCUGCUUUUGAGGUUCCGGUGGCAUUUCGAUGGCGACAGGAAUACGAAUCGUAUUGACAAGGUAGAUGACUCCUCUUGUUCGAGCACAAGGACUCCAUACUGAUUGAUCGGAGUCAUUUGGCCUACAGCCGGAAUACCCGCUGUCGCAUAUGCUCAACUUGCUUUCGGCGCACGACGAGUUUCUCUCGACCGAGGUGCAGACUUUGCUUGAUGAGAAUGGGUUCGAGCACGUCGAUGCCAUCGUAAGCUCUUGGAUACUCUACAUCUUCAUCUCAAUCAGAUGCUGACCUAGCCCUAUCUCCUCCCUCAGAUCGAUUUCACGACCCUCCUCCUCCCCCCCUUGGCCGCGCGAAUCAACCACCACAUGCCCCAACUCCUCGACAUGCCCCCGAUCCUCGCGCACACCAUCUUUCAAAUCCUCGAAUUUGACGCCGUGCUCCGAUCCCGCAACUACCUCCCGCGAGGUCAAACUUCCGAAGAUUGGAAAGGAUUGAGUGAAUUGAUCCUCGGUCGUAAAGAAUGGUUCGACCAUUGGCUUUCGUCCGAGAAGGCCUUCUUCGACGAACGCUAUUAUCUCGCCAUCAGUUCCUCCGACGCCUGGCAAGUCGUCCCUCAAGACGAAUACGAUCCCGAUUCGGCCGACGCGCAAUCCGAAACGAGGCCGACGGUCUCGGCGUUAAAAGUCGCCGAUCUCGCCCACGCGAUUACGGACCGGUACCGCCCUUUACCGGUUCAACAUGGUCUAUCGUUCUUAUUCAAAGUUCACCUCCCUCUGAUCGCAACUUAUGCCGAACGCAUCACCUCCUCCUUUGACGUGUUCGAGUCACUUUCGUUCGGUUUGUUACCCGGUGCCUUAGGCACCACCACAGCCGCUACAGCAGGUGCAGGAGGUUUAUCUCGCAUCGUACGGAGUGGUAUUUCCGCGCGAUGGAUGGGGGAAAAAUGCCUCGAAUGGGGUGAGGACGCGUUCUUCCUCGAACUGUACGAACACGUCAAAACCCAAGGCGUGCCGUAUGCGUUGGAACUGGUCGCCAAGGACGUGUUGGAACGGUCCGAAGGCACCUUGUUUGAUCGGGAGCGGAGGACGUUCGAAGCUUUGGCCGACCGGGCCGAGGAGUUGAUCGUCAAACAUGUGGCGAGGGAGGUGUUGGGGGAGCUCAAAGCUUACCUAGCCAAGAGAUGGGAUUACGAACGACCGUCUUCCUCGUCGUCGAUGUCGACGACGAUCACGGACGAAUACGAUCCCGACCUUUCGCUUUCACAAGAAUUGAUCGCCCCCCUUUCGCUCUUCACGGCCAUGCUCAAGCAACUCGUUUCGGCGUACCCUCCCUCCACGACGACCACUCUAUACCGACGCAUCUCCGUAUCCCUCUCCACAUCGUUGUACGAUCGUCUUCUCGUCAAUCGAGCCUGGUCCGAAGCCGGCGCUCUCCAACUCGUUCAUGAUGUCCACAAUGGUUUCUUACAAGCCGGUAGAGAAGCAGCGAUCCAAAGGGGCGUAGGCAAGGGGUGGGAAUUGUUACAAGGUGGGGCGAGGAUCAUGGCUUUACCGGCGGCGACCUCCACCGUCGGGACGACCACGCCGGAGUACACUUUCUCCAAAGUGAUGCAAAUCGCUUUUGAUGAUUCGGAACCGGAGGGCGAAGGCACCAAGUUUGGGAUCAUGAUGGAUCAACUUGGGGUAGGGGAGGUGUUGGGCAAGCCGGAGGUGAGGCAGGUGAUGAGGAGACGGCCCGAGUGUUGGAGGUAG